AUGACUCCAUCGCGAAGAAGUCGUUCACUUCCAAGUCCUGCAGCAACAGCUGCCAUCGCUGCUGAAGAUCUCGACCCGUCAUCUGCAGAUGUGCUGAUGCCACAAUCUCAAUCUCUCGAUGUUUCUCAAAUUGUUUUCAUUGAGUCGCGCUUCUCUCCGUCUUGUGAGAAGGAUUGCGUAUACGAUGGUAUUGUCAGCUACCUGAGGUCUAGAUCAUAUCCACCAUUCCUCAAACUAACUUCCAAUCCGCAGGCAGCAAAGGUUGAAUUCAGAAGAAAAUGUGGGUCAUUUUUUAUCGACAUACACGGCGAACUGGUGAAAGGACGAGCCAGUGGUCUCCAUCGACAUGUUUUACGCCGUGGCGAGCUAACUGCUGUGAUGAAGUUUGUACACGAAGUGUUGGGACACUGUAAUGCUGAAGUUUGCAAUUCCGUUAUCUCCACACAGCCAUCUUCAACACCGCUCCUCAUUGCUUUAACUAGUGUCAAGGUAACACAUCCAGUAGUAUGGUCGAGCGAGCCGUUUGAUAUAACGGCUUACAGCGUGAUUAAGCAAUGCGAAUGUCGUGACAAGGGCGUAUCUCGACGCUGGUUCCCGUGUACUGUCGAAUGUGUGAAGUACAUUGCACUAAUAUUUGUGCGCGAAGCAAAUGGAGGAUAUCUGCUCAGUCUACGUUCGGUCUCGGAUAAAGUGGAUUUGGGCCAGUUUCAGAUAACUGUGCCGAAAUAUACUAAACCGAAACCAAAAGUUCGAGAAGUACUGAUGGAUGGCAAACAUAGAAUCGCUGAUCGGCGAGAACUCGAGGAUGUCUUGACGAAGCUACACAUGGCUUUUGGCCAUUGUAGUGCAAACAGUUUACGAAUUCUCUUCAAGUCGAAGUUCCACUAUCCAGCUUUUUUUAUGGCUGCACGUGAAGUGUGCUACCGUUGUUGGUUCUGCAAAUUGGAGCCGCAUAGAAAACACUUUAUCAUUCCUGACUACGGAUAUGACGUUGAAAUAGAGCUAACUAACGGUAACUCCACAAGAAACUUCGUCAUCAAUCCGCGAGACGUAACAGCUGGAAAGGUUGCCAGAUAUAUCACUGAGAUUCUGGAAGACGCGAGGAAUAAUUUGUGUCUUGAAUCUGCUGCUGUUAUCGCCGACGGAGCUGGACUGACAUUGGAACCAAGGGAAGAAACCUUUUCCUGCGAUAAUAUAUCGACUAGUUCCGUGUGGUCAACGGGUCAGACUGUAGCGCCCGAUAGACUGAACCCCACGGUGCAUUCGCGACGAAAUAAAAUUAACAACCGAAAAAGUUCACCUCACACAGAGCUACCGAUUAGGGCGAGACUCAUUCCGCCUUCAGAUAUUUCGCUAGGCCCAACUAGUGCUUUGGAAGCUAGGAAUACUGACAGUUUUGUGAGUCGCAGUAGUCAAAGGAGCAGCUGUAGUUUGGUCAGUCGCGAACACUCUCAUAUUAAUCACCGUAUGAGAAACAAUAGCACAAUGAAAAACAGUGAUCUUCCUCUCCAACGUCAAGUUCUGCAACAAGAUUCGACUGUAGUUCCAUUGGACAAUGGAGUGAGUAGGACACCACCAUUCCUUGGGAAGUGCUGCUACGUUGCAAGCAUUGUCGAGGGAAGAGAGUGCACAUGUCCACAGCACAAUCCAUGCGCCGCUGUGUUGGAGCAGGAGAAUUAUGUUCCAAAUGCAGACAACCAAGUUCCCGAUGACGCCUUUUAUAAAGAAAUUACCGAACUACAUUCGACUUCUUCGCAUUGUGUGCCCUGCACGAUGAAUUAUAACACUAAUUUCUCAUGCGCACCUACGGUCGUAACACCACCAGUAACUCCGGCAUGUUGUGUUUCUCAAAACGACUACAGUAACUCUACCUCUACGCUGAUCGACCUUGGUGAUCUAUCGACGUUUUUUGUCGACCUCAUUGGCUGCUCAACAGAAGGACGAUAG